AUGGUCGGAAAGGCACCUAGCGAAGGCACCAAGGUCACCCUCGGCGACAAGGCUCCCGUGACACAGGAAGGAGCAGGCAACGUCUCGGGCUCCCUCGCAGCCGAGUCGGCCCAGAGCGGCGGCGAGUUCUCCAACAACCGCAACGUCAACGAGUCGGGCGGCACCGACACAGGCGCCAAGCCCCCCGGCACGUCGUCAGCCAGCACAUCUACGUCGGGCGGAGCAGCGGCACCCGGCACGGCGCCGACAUAUGUCAACAACCAGUACGCCCGUGACUCGGGCGGCCCGCACGGCAAGAACAUCACCGAGGACCAGGAGCUGACGGGGCGGCCGGCCAAGUUCGACGUCGAGCCGGGCUCCAAGGAGGACCCCGCGCGGUUGGCGGAGCAGCACCUGCGGCUCAAGCAGACCCGCGGCGCGCCGGGCACGGGCGAGCGGCAGGACGGGGCCGGCGACCAGCAGCCGUAUGGGGUAUUGGACAAUGAGACCUCGGCAUGA